AUGAUAACUAGGCCCGAGCCUAAAAAAGAUCAGAAUAAAAGAAGAAGACUUGAGAAUAGCAAUGAGAUGUGUGACAUGGACAAGACCGUAGAAGAGAUGCACAAUGAUGGAUUUGAUGUUGUAUUCUACUACAUUAAAGAGAAUAUAAAAACUACUGAGUUUGUGUUUGCACAGUUUAACCCUAUUGAUGCAGAGACAAUUAAUGCUGCAUAUAGAGAAAACGAAGCAGAAGCAAAGAAGUUGUUUGAUGGGUAUGUGCCAAAUAAUGAUGUUCCACGAAUCCCACUCUUUCUACCUAGACUAAUGACCUCUGCAGUGCAUUUUGGUCCAUAUGUUCUAAAGUCAGAAAAAUAUAAAAUUAUUCCCAACAAAGACUACCAAAACCCAAUUGCCAUCGAAUUUUCCAAUUGGCUGGAUGUUUUAGUAAAAGAAAAGAUCUAA